AUGUAUGCGAAGGUGCAAAUGUUUGUACUGCUGCUAGCGGUGGCAGUACGCGGAUCUGCUUCCGACGCAAAAAUUGCGUCUCCGUCAUCGGUGUCUCAGCAGCAGGACUGCACAGCCGUUGCAAAAGAUGAAGAGACGAUGCUGGUGUUUUCUACCCUCGGCGGUGGAUUGACCGCAAUUGACCCGCUGACGGGAGAAACGCGCUGGUCGAUCGCAGACGAACCGGCCAUUCGUGUGCCAACUCCGUCCGAUACGUCCGCCCACUAUCUGCCAGAUCCGCGGGAUGGCAGUCUGUACCGCAUGAACGGAUUGGAGGGCGGUUUAAAGAAGCUGCCGUAUACCAUCCCCCAAUUGGUAGCGAGUGCACCGUGCCGUUCGAGCGAUGGCAUCCUGUACUCGGGCAAGAAGAGUGACGUUUGGUUCCUGAUCGACCCAAAGACGGGCCAGCGGGAGAAAGUGCUUGGAUUUGGAGGAAUGCCCCCGCAACCGCCCAAAGAUGCGGGACCCGACUCGAUCGGUUGGGCAACGUCACGGGCCGUAUAUUUGGGCCGAACACAGUACACCGUCAUGAUGUACGAUAGUCUCGCAACCGAUCGGAACAGCAAACCAUGGAAUGUAACGUUCUUCGACUAUUCUGCCCAUUCUAUGGCACCGGAGCUAACGAAUGAAUACGAGUUCCUGCACCUGACUAGCAGCUCGUCGGGAUUAACGACAACGUUUGAACGAAACAAAGGAACACCCAUGUGGCAGAAGGAUCUGUCCAGUCCAGUAGUGGCCGUUUUUCUACUCGGUUCGGAAGGACUGCUCAGUAUACCGUUCCAGACUGUAUCCGACGAGGUGCUGCAGGAUUUAAACGAACGAGCAAAGGGUGGAAACUUUGACAAUGUGAAACUAUUUGAAACCGUUUAUAUUGGUGAAGCCGACAACAAUCUCUACGCAAUACCGUCGAUGGUGGACAAGAAUACGGCCACACUGCCUUCAGAACCGUCCAUCAAUUUGUUAGGUGGACCAAUGAAGGGACGAUCGCCAUCGUACGGUGGAAGUGAUCGUCAAGACGCUUCGGGGCGUGAACUCAUUGCCAAAGCUUCGCGACUUGGUGGCAAGAAUGAAAACAUCAUAAUACUGGGACACUACCAAACACCGAAAACGGACGAUCGGCUCAAGCUCGACAUUGCACCGAGCGGUCCUGCCGCGAUGGGGAAAGAAUUUUGGAAGCAUCACGAACUUUCCACCAUGCUGGUUGGUGGUCCUGCUGGCGUAGACUUACCCAGCGUGCCAAAAAACACCCACACGAUUGGCGUGCAAACCGAUGAUCCGGCAGCCCCGGAACAUACGUAUGGAGAAUCGAACGAAACAAGCUCAACGAGGCUGCAAGGUAGUACCGAUCUUAUUCGUGCAUUGUUCGGCCGGUUGUAUAUGGACACGAAGCUAUGGCUCGAUGCACAGCCCAACAAGCUACCCACAAUACUGAUGAUCGCACUGUUCGGUUUGGUUAUCUUUGGGUUCUGGUACGUUAAUCUGCAAAUGAAAGCGCUCAAGGAGCAAAGUCAAGGAGGUUCACAGACGAGUAAUUCGAACCGUAGCGGCUCGAAUGGAAGUGGUGGAAGUGGCGGUGGUGGUAGCUACAGCGAACCGAUCGAUUACGGUGAUGGUGAGAUGCGAGUUGGCAAAAUUAACUUCAACACCCAGCAUGUGUUGGGUAAAGGAUGUGAAGGAACGUUUGUGUUUCGGGGGAUGUUUGAAAAGCGUGAGGUAGCAGUGAAGCGCAUUCUACCGGGAUGCUUUACGUUAGCCGAUCGUGAAGUGACAUUGCUGCGGGAGAGUGACGCACAUGAGAAUGUGGUACGAUACUUCUGCACCGAGCAGGAUCGUCAGUUCCGCUACAUCGCGGUAGAGCUGUGUGCGGCCACACUGCAAGACUACGUAGAUGGUAAGGAAACGUCCACGGUGGGUCUGUUGCGCGAAAAGAUCACCCCACUGGACAUACUCCGGCAGGCUACCAGCGGGUUGAUGCAUUUGCAUUCGCUCAACAUUGUCCACCGGGACAUAAAACCGCAGAACAUUUUACUCUCGUUGCCCGACUACAAGCAACGCGUCCGGGCAAUGAUAUCGGACUUUGGGCUGUGCAAAAAACUCAACUAUGGGAAGGCGAGUUUCUCCCGCCGGUCCGGCGUGACCGGAACGGAUGGAUGGAUCGCACCAGAGAUGCAGCGUGGCCAACGUGCCACGACGUCGGUGGAUAUUUUUUCAAUGGGCUGCGUGUUCUAUUACGUGCUCUCCGAUGGGUUUCAUCCGUUUGGCGACAAUCUAAAGCGACAGGCAAACAUCCUGUCCAGCGAAUACGAUCUCAGCAUGUUGAGGAGAGAAAAUGCGCAACCCGAUUGCCGCACGAUACUGGCGGAGGAAAUCGUCAGCGACAUGAUACACGCUGAACCCGGUCACAGACCUUCUGCCAAAGCGGUGGCCAACCAUCCACUGUUCUGGAACAAUGCACGGGUACUCACAUUCUUGCAGGAUGUGAGUGAUCGGGUGGAAAAACUCGAUGUCAUGACAGAACCGUUAAGAUCGCUGGAGAAAAAUGCACGAUUUAUCGUGCGUGAAGAUUGGAGCUCGUAUCUAGAUGCGGAAAUUACGGCUGAUCUGAGGAAAUUCCGCGGCUAUCAGGGAUACAGUGUGCGAGAUCUUUUGCGUGCACUUAGAAAUAAGAAACAUCACUACUACGAACUAACACCAUCAAUGCAGCGUGCUUUGGGCAAGAUACCGCAACAAUUCACCCAGUACUGGAUUGGCCGUUUUCCGCGUCUGCUUUCGCACAGCUACCAUGCACUGGCGGAUUGCUUACGAGAACCAAUAUUUAAACACUACUACAACAACGAUGAAGAUACCGAGCAUGCGAGUGGUAGUGUACCUUCGCAGUCCAGCGGAUAUCAGUUUUCCAAACCGUCCUAUUUCUACGAGGAGCACAAUGAUAAUUACGAACUGAUCCGGUACUACGAAACUGCACAGCUGAUGAAAAAUACCACGAAAAGUCCAAAGCGAAAGCCCACCGGAGCAGAGGGACAGGAGGGAUCCACACCGGAACGGAAGCCAGGCCUGGCAGGACCAAACAAGCGUGGAACUUACAAUUUUGGUAAAGCGAGUGGCGGAAGUUUAAUCACACGCCAUUCAAUGCGAGAUAAUGUAGAGUCCACGGUCGGGUUAGACGAUCAACGAACAUCGGCUGUAACGCAUAGCAUCACGAGUGAAGUGCGAGACACGAUUAGCGUAGAAGGUAAUGGUAAUCAAAGGAGAAGAUUCACUCCCGGCACCGGUGGUGAUAAUCAUACAGUCAACCAAACUAAUAUAAGACGGCGCGAUGUGCAAACGAAGGUGACGUGGAAAUUGGACACCAUGGCAUCGGACAAGGAGAAGAGCAAUGAAUAA